AUGCCACCCCCAGAUGCUGCAGUGGCCGAGCACCCUGAGAUUCCCGAGGAUCCGGACGAUGAACUUGGGGAGAUUUGGAAAGUGGUUGAAGAACGGGUGCGUAGUAUGACCAAGGCAACAAGCGGAAAAGCCCCAAAUGGGGACAUCACGGUCAGAAAUGUCACAGAUAUAUUGGCCGCCCAAGCCCAGAAGUCUGCCGAUGGCCCUGGAAAAUUCCAUAGAGUCGAGGAGACCUUUGACACGACUCUGACUUGCACUCAGACUCUCGGGGACAUUGUGAUUGGACCUAUACUAGAACAGUUGAUACUAUUCUUCAAUGUCUGCGACCUCCCACUCAAGUUGCGCCAGAAAGUGCGCUCCAAAGCUCGCGCUUUCUUCACCUCGACCUUCUUGGAUGAUGAUGAGGUCAAGAGUCCUCUAGACGAAGCGAAGAAGCUCAACCAAAAGAAAUUCGGACAGAUCCAGAUGGAUAUCUUGUAUAAGCUGAAUCGGGUUAUGAACUUGAAGACUGGAUCUGGAGAGAAAAAGUGGGAAUCUACCAUGAUUGAAGGGCUCGGUUGGCCGAUUAUUUCUGUGCUACAGAGCCCAGAGGGCAAGAUUCCAAGCUUUUUCUGGAAGGAGCGUUUGCUGACACACUCGGAGAGGUCGUCUUGUGAUGACGGCCGCUGGCUUUGGAACCACGAACGCUUCCAUGAUUGGGCACGCGGACACGAAGCAAACAUGGUACAGAGUCAAGACGACGCCCCUGAUGCACGGGUAGCACCACUUCCCACAGUUUCCAGCAUAGGAUCGGCGCCAGGAGAACACGACGGUGAAGACCAGGAUUCAGAGAAGCCUGAAGAACCGAUAUACGGCAUUGGAAUCGUUUGUGACGGAUGUGGGAGGCAGUUUGACGAUCUGAAUGGUGUGUGGACGUGCAUAGAUGAGUGCGGCCAAGUCCAGUUCGACGAGAAAUGCGUCAAGAAACUGCGCGAGGGUACUCUAGAGAAGUUCGUGUGCAGCAAAGACCACCAACUCGAAGAAUUUCCCGAGCCAGAGUUCAAGGUCGAGAAUAUGGCCAAGGACAAGGUGAGGGUGAACGGAAAGAUGCUUUCACUGAAGGCCUGGGCUGAAAUCAUAAGGAGGGAGUACGUGACGAAAGCAAGCAAGGCGUAG